AGAUUAUUAUUAUUAUUAUUAUUUGAAUUAUAAAGUUCACACACAUACACGCACUCACUCACACAGGAGUAAGUGAGGGGACCGUGUGUAUCUUCCUUUUUGCUUCAUAUUCGUGAGAAAGUUUGUAUUUUUUUAUUUUUUUUUGGUUUUCGAAUGGCAAUCAAUUCGAGGGUCGACAGCAAAUUCAAGAAAAUCUGUGUUUUUUGUGGGAGCAACCCGGGUUACAGAAAAAUCUUCAGCGAUGCUGCUAUUGAUUUGGGGAAUGAACUGGUGAAUAGAAAUAUAAGUUUGGUUUAUGGCGGUGGAAGUGUUGGGCUGAUGGGUUUGUUGUCUCAGAGAGUGUAUGAUGGUGGUUGCCAUGUUCUUGGUGUAAUCCCAAGAGCUCUAGUCCCCAUUGAGAUAUCAGGAGAGACUGUUGGGGAGGUUAAAGUUGUUUCCGACAUGCACGAGCGUAAAGCGGAAAUGGCUCGGGAAGCUGAAGCCUUUAUUGCUCUUCCAGGAGGAUAUGGGACCAUGGAGGAGCUAAUGGAGAUGAUAACAUGGGCACAACUUGGAAUUCAUAAAAAACCGGUUGGUUUGUUGAAUGUCGAUGGCUAUUACGAUGCAUUGCUCACAUUAUUUGACAAGGGUGUUGAAGAAGGCUUUAUAAAGCCAAGUGCUAGGAAGAUAGUUCUUUCGGCUCAUACUGCCAACGAACUUUUAACAAAGAUGGAGCAAUACACUCCAUUACAUGAUGAUGUUGCCCCUCAUGAGAGCUGGAAGAUGGAGCAACUGGGUCCUGACAAAAUGGGCCAAGCGCUCUGUUGUAUUCAAGUCGACCAAUCGACUGUUGCCGUAAAGGAACAGUUUGGUAAAUUUACUGAAGUUCUCGAGCCCGGUUGUCACUGCCUGCCCUGGUGUUUUGGAUACAAGUUGGCCGGUAAAUUAUCUCUUCGUGUGCAGCAAAUUGAUGUUCGAUGUGAAACCAAAACUAAGGACAAUGUGUUUGUGACUGUGGUUGCCUCCAUCCAAUACCGUGCUGUGGCGGGAAAUGCCUCUGAUGCAUUCUAUAAGCUUUCUAACACGAGGGCACAGAUUCAGGCAUACGUGUUUGAUGUUAUCAGAGCUAGUGUGCCGUUGGAUUCUGUUUUCGAGCAGAAGAAUGAAAUAGCCAAAGCUGUGGAGGAAGAGCUCGAGAAGGCCAUGUCUGCCUACGGAUUUGAAAUCGUCCAGACCCUCAUUGUGGACAUUGAACCUGAUGUUCAUGUUAAGAGAGCCAUGAACGAGAUAAAUGCUGCUGCUAGGUUGAGAGUAGCUGCAAACGAGAAGGCAGAGGCAGAAAAGAUUCUUCAGAUCAAGAAAGCAGAGGGUGAAGCGGAGUCCAAGUACCUUUCAGGCCUGGGCAUAGCCCGACAGAGGCAGGCGAUUGUGGAUGGGCUUCGUGACAGCGUGCUGGCAUUCUCGGAGAAUGUGCCUGGGACAACAGCAAAGGAUGUGAUGGACAUGGUUUUGGUGACCCAAUAUUUCGACACGAUGAAGGAGAUUGGGGCAUCUUCAAAGUCAUCCGCUGUUUUUGUCCCUCAUGGGCCUGGUGCUGUCAAGGAUGUUGCGUCCCAGAUUCGUGAUGGUCUCCUUCAAGCCGAGACCAUUCAUAACUAG